AUGUUUUCAAGUCACAAAACACACCGUUUCAUUAAGAGGAUUUCAUUCCCCAAAUUCAAAACGGCGUCGUUUCAUUUUGGUAUUAUCAGAAAGAAAACCAGGGCGCAGUGGUCAUCUUCUUCACAAGAACUGCGCCUCAGGCAGCCUCAGUUGCAGCUGCAAGAGAUUUUCCGGCGAGGGGAGCAAUGGGAACCAAGGGCAGCUUGUGUUUUGCAAACAGCAUGGCGCCGUUGUAAAAGAGAGAAGCUUCAAAAGUCUCCUAGAUUGGCUAAAGAGGGUAGUCUUUCUGCCACUGAUCACCAUGCUGUCUCAGAAACACAGCAUAAGUAG